AUGCAAAUACGAAAGAAAUACGAAAAAAACAAAAAAAAGUUGCUCUGCCAUUGCUGUGCUUCUGCUUCGGCCGGCCAGAAAUGGAGUGCGUAGUAGACUAAGCAAGGGGACACGACACCCAAGAAGCAAGGGCGACCCGUCGAGGCUUACGAUAACGGCACAGGCGGGCCAUUCAGAAAAGCCGGGGGUCAAAGGUGAGAAGAGCAGAGGGCACCAUGAGCGAGCCGGGGCCCCCCACCGCAGCCACCGCCGCCACCACGGGCGGCACCUCUGCGACCACCACCAGCGCCACCGCCUCCAGCUCCACCACGGCUGCCGGGAGUCACACGACGACACCUUCUACUGCCACUACUGCUUCUGCUAGCAGUACUAAUACCAGCUGCGGCAGCAGCAGCAGUAGUAGUACUAGUAGCAGUACUACUACUACUACUACUGCAGCAAGACAGCCAGUCCCUCAGAUUUCAGUUUACGGAGGGAUACCCGACAGGCAAACUGUGCAGGUGAUCCAACAAGCGCUCCACAGGCAGCCCAACACGGCGGCGCAGUACCUGCAGCAGAUGUACGCGGCCCAACAGCAGCAUCUCAUGUUACAGACCGCGGCGCUCCAGCAGCAGCACAGCCUCAGCACUGCUCAGCUGCAGAGCCUUGCUGCCGUGCAGCAGGCCAGUAUUGCAGCAGGUCGCCAGAACUCCCAGAACAGCACAACUUCUCAGCAAACGGGAUCGACUCAGACCACGAUCAACCUGACCGCCUCACCGGCGGCCGCACAGCUGAUCAGCCGCGCCCAGAGCAUCACGUCGGCUCCCGCCGGUAUUUCCCAGCAGGCUGUUCUGCUGGGCAGCCCGUCUAGCGCCACCCUCACCGCCAGCCAGGCGCAGAUGUACCUGCGUGCGCAGAUGGCCCAGCAGAGCAAUGUUUUCCAGGCGCAGCAGAGCAACCUGGUGCAAGUGGCCAGGAGUUUGGGCCGAGCCGUGCCCCUGUCGCCGCAGCUGAUCUUCACGCCGACGGCCACCGUGACAGCGAUGCAAUCCGACAGCUCCGCUCAGAAUCAGGUCCAAAAUCUGGCCAUACGCGGCCAGCAGGGAUCGACCACGUCCUCCUCCCAGACUCAGACGCUGCAGGCUCUCAGUCUGAAGCAGAGCCCGGUGCCCAUCCAGCCCGCGUCGCUUGUAAAGAACCCCGGACAGGGGGGGCAACCAUCUGCGGCAGUCAAGUCCGCCUUGUCCGAGAGUGCCCCGGAGGUGGGAAAGAAGGGGGACGCCGCCGUGGUCACAGAGGCCCGGGCCAUCAACAUGAGCCGCAACGUCACGACAAUCAGCGCGCAGCCAUUAAUUGCUCCAGCCUACACGCAGAUUCAGCCCCACUCACUGGUUCAGCAACACAAGCAGCAGCAGUUUGUGGUCCAUCACAGCCAAGGUUCCCAGAGGACCUCCGGUCAGCUGCCGCAGACGGCGUCCAUUCAGCCGUCGCCGCACACCGUCCCCGUGCUGCCCAAGCCGGCGCCGCACCAGCCCGCCGCUCCUGGCCAGCACGCCACCAUCUUCCACUCCACCAUCAGCUCGCACACCCUCCCGCCCCCUGCCUCAUCCUCCUCUUCUUCCACGCUGACGAGUCAGGCCAAAGCUCAGCCCGUGCAGCUCACAGCCAUUAACCUACAAAUACAUCCCACGGCCUCUCGACCACUGGUUCAGGAGUGUAAAGAUAAGCCAACUUCCCUCGUAGUCAGAGAGAUUUGUGCAGCCUCCAGCGUGCAGCAACAAAAGCUGCCGGCGCCGGCGCCGGCGCCAGCGCCGGCGUCAGCGCCAGCGCCAGCACCGACACAGCAGCAGCAAAAUAUGCCAUCGCAACCCAGGAAGCCCGGAGAGCAGCCCAAAGCUGACCCAGCGCCACAAGGUGGGGGUGUGACCAAGAGGCCGACGCCCGCACCUGGGACCCCACCGCCGGCCACGACCUCGGGAAACGACGGCGAGGCGCCCGACGCGACGGCGCUCGCGUCACGCAACGGCGAGAGCAAGCCGCCGCAGGCCAUCGUCAAGCCGCAGGUCCUCACGCACGUCAUCGAGGGCUUUGUCAUCCAGGAGGGCGCCGAGCCGUUCCCAGUGUGCGUGGAGCGUCUCCCCAUCCUCAUCAACAGCCCCAAGAAACCGGACAGUCAGCUCUCCUCCGACCCGGACAAAACUCCAGUGAGCAAUGCGGCGAACUCUGACUCUGAGCCCGAAGACUUGAACCAGACAGAAAAGGAUCAAGAGCCCAAGCUUACGUGCGAGUACUGCGGCUGGGUGGACUUCGCCUACACCUUCAAGGGCUCCAAGCGCUUCUGCUCCAUGGUUUGCGCUAAGAGGUACAAUGUGGGAUGCACGAAGCGCAUCGGACUGUUCCGUCCAGAGAAAACCAAACCAGCGAAUCGCUGGCGCAGAAGAAAUCAGGGCCGCUCUAGUAUCGAAGCGAAGAAGCGGAAGAUGUCCCCGUCGCCGCAGCAGACUCCGGGGGGUUCCGUGUCCUCUCCUCAUCUCUCCCAGCCCAGCCAGGAGGAGUCCAGCCCGUGUUCGGAGAUGUCCAGCUACGAGGAGCCGCCUUCGCCGCUGUCUGCGGCCAGCUCGGGACCCCCGGCGACCCCCGCCCCUGCUCCGGUCCCCGUCCAGCGGCAGCCCGGCAGGGUGUCGUCGGAGCCGGAAGCCCUCGGCGGCAGAGACGCGACUGCCGCUUUGUGUCAGCCUUUUUUACCCAACGACCCCACCAAGUGGAAUGUGGAGGAAGUGUACGAGUUCAUUUGUUCAUUGCCAGGCUGUCAGGAGAUCGCCGACGAGUUCCGCUCCCAAGAGAUCGACGGGCAAGCUUUGCUCCUGUUGAAGGAGGACCACCUGAUGAGCACCAUGAACAUCAAACUGGGACCAGCGCUCAAGAUCUUCGCACGCAUCAAUAUGCUCAAGGACUCGUAGCGAAGGGUGCGUGCGUGCGUGCGUGUCUCUGACUGCACUGCGACCUCACCAUCUCAUCUUCACGGACUCCUGCACUUGAUGGCGGCGUCGCCAGCUGACCGAGGAUUUUAGUUCGGGAGAACUGACUGAGAUUGAAGGGCGCAUUAAGUGUUAAUCAAGAGAAAGUUUCUUUCAUGAGGAUUCCGAGGUAUGAGUGCAUCUCAAUAAAUGAUAGUCAAGUAGGAAAGUUCAUUUAUAUCAGUAAAAGGGAUUCAUUCAACUUUCAGAAGGCCAAUUCCUACGCAAUUUUUCCCCACGAAAUGUGUUGCCGUGUUUGGAGUGAAACACCUUUUAGAGGUUUUCUACGAUAUUCUAAUUGAGGUGCACCUGCAAAUGUGGUUUACAGAAGCAUAACAAUGAAGGUCUGAGAGAGUCAAAUUAGCACUGCCGUGAUAUUUUAGAUAUAUAUAUAUAUAUAAAACAAGCCGUAUGAAUGGUCGGCAGGAUUGUUCCUGUACAGUUCUGUCCUUUUAUGUUUCACUAACGUGGCACUUACUGUCUUUUUUUGUGUUGCCUUCACCUUCAACAUGAAUAUUUGUGCAUAUUUGUGUAAAUACCUGCCAGACUGACUGAAACCGUGCGGUUAACUUAUCCUGGUUAUUGGAAUAGAGAAAUGAUGUUUAAUAUUUUUGGAAAUAUGCAAAUGUAUAAAAAAACGCUUGAGUUGUUUUUGUAAAUGAUGUCAUCGCUGUGUGUGCUUAGUGGCCGCGGAGGCCUUUUCUAGGUAACGGCCGUGCUUUUGUUAAAUGCUUGUGUUUAACGGCACCUUUUGGUACGCAGCGUUUUGCAGCUAUAAAUGAUUUCGACUUCA